UCUCUGCCUGUAGAGAAGCCAGGGGACAAGAGUGGGAGCAGGGUGUGAAGACAGGCCCUCUCAAGACUUGAGGGGAUGUAUUCAAAGCCAGCUGGUCUGGCUUUGAGGCUAAUCAAUGGACAGAGUGACAGAGAGAAUCAAAAAGGGGAUGAGCUGUAGUGUGAACUAAAAGACGAGAUAAGAAAAGUGAAUUCACUCAAAGGAAGAAAGGUGGAAGCUGGAGCAGGCUCUGUGAAAGUGUUGCUGGAUCAACAGAUUACGGUGUGCUGAAGAGAAUAGAUUAUACUGAGGAGAGUGAAACAGAGCCCACAAAAAGAGAUACUGCUGCACAAUGUUCUAGGGGAGUGGGGCAAGAAAGCGUGCUGUAUUGAUACUGUUGACGUGUCUGCAAGACCGAAAAAGACACAGCCAUGGGGCGGAAGAAGAUACAGAUUACCCGAAUUAUGGAUGAGAGGAACAGGCAGGUUACCUUCACAAAGAGGAAGUUUGGCCUGAUGAAGAAGGCCUACGAGCUGAGCGUGCUGUGUGACUGCGAGAUAGCCCUCAUCAUUUUCAACAGCUCUAACAAACUGUUCCAGUACGCCAGCACAGACAUGGACAAAGUGUUGCUGAAAUACACAGAGUACAAUGAGCCCCACGAGAGCAGAACCAACUCUGACAUUGUAGAGAAAUUGAGAAACAAAGGCCAUAAUGACUGUGCUAGUCCCGAUCCUGAUGACUGUUUCGGGCACAGCCCCCUCAUGGAUGACCAUUUCGGCAAACUAAGCGAAGACAGUGAUUUAAUGUACAAGCGCUGUGGUGCGCUAAACAAGAAAGAACACAGAGGUUGUGAUAGCCCGGACCCCGAUGCCUCAUAUGUCCUCACUCCUCACACAGAAGAAAAAUAUAAAAAAAUUAAUGAGGAGUUUGAUAAUAUGAUGAGAAAUCAUAAAAUCCCCACGGCGUUGCCUCAGCAGAACUUCUCCAUGCAUGUGGCGGUGCCCGUGUCCAAUCCUAACGCCAUGUACCAGGCGGGAGGGAAUCUGGGUAGCCAGGCCCUGGCAGCAGCCACGGCCUCACUGAAUGACAGCGGGAUGCUGUCCCCUCCGCAGGCCUCCCUGCACAGGAAUGUUGGCUCUGGUGGAGGAUCACAGAGGCCCACCAGUGCAGGCAGUGCAGGUGGCAUGCUGGAUACCACAGACCUUUCAGUGCCAAGUGGUGCGGGCUCCAGCCCAGCGGGGAACGGCUUCGUUAACCCCAGGGGCUCGCCGAGCAUCCUCAGCACACCCAGUGGCAACGGCCUGGGUAAAGUCAUGCCUACUAAGUCUCCGCCGCCUCCUGGGGGGAACUUAGGAAUGGGGAACCGCAAGCCAGACCUGAGGGUUGUCAUCCCUCCAUCGAGCAAGGGGAUGAUGCCCCCGCUGAACACCCAUAGGAUAAGCAGUUCCCAGUCCACCCAGCCGCUUGCCACUCCUGUUGUGUCUGUUACCACCCCCAGCUUACCCCCACAGGGCUUGGUCUACUCAGGCAUGCCCACCGCCUACAAUCCUGCUGAGUACUCGCUGAGCAGUGCGGAGAUCUCCUCCCUGCAGGGCUUUGGUUCUCCUGGGCUCUCUCUGGGCUCCAUGUCUGCAUGGCAACAGCAUCAACUAGGCCAGGCAGCUCUUAAUUCUUUGGUUGGUGGAAGUCACCUACCUCAGGGCUCCAACUUAUCUAUCAACACCAGCCAGAGCAUAAACAUCAAGUCUGAGCCAAUAUCUCCGCCCCGCGGGCGGGUCACCCCAUCCGGGUUCCCCCCGCAGCAGCAGCCGCAGCAAGGAUCCAGCCGACAGGAGGUCCUGGGACGCUCGCCCGCCGACAGCCUCAGCUCGUCCUGCAGCUCCUACGAUGGCAGUGACCGCGAGGACCACCGGGCGGACUUCCAUUCUCCGCUUGGACUUGGAAGACCCCCUGCUGUCUCUGAGGACAGGGAGAGCCCCUCGGUCAAGCGCUUGCGCAUGGACACUUGGGUGACAUAAGGAGCUUUGAUCUGGUCUGCAGUCGCCAGCCAGACAGAUAGAGGAAGGGAGGGAUUAGACAUGGGGAUAAAAGACAGAGCAGGGGUCCUUAGAGCUGUCAAUAUUAAUAUGAUUCAACUCCACCUUAAUUUGUAAUUCUGAGAUAUAAUGUUAGAAGAUGUCAGGGCAUAUCUCAGUCAUUUCUCAAACUGAUACAGGAGGUUUAAAUAAUCUAAACGAAUUUUGUGUACAAGCAGGUGUAUCAGGUACUUUCUGCAGUUUAGAGGACGUCUGCAGCUGAGAGAAAUUUGUUAAAAUAAAAUAGGCGGUAGAUUAUUGUAGCCACUGGUCUAGUCAGACACUUACUUGUAGUUGCUGUUUUGCUGUUGUGCUCGCAAGUUCGCAAACAAUCCCAGAAAUUUGUGUCGCUUUCAGGCUAAGGACUCUCUAAUUACAUAUGAUGUUCACUGCAAGAACUGUGUUGAAAUCCAACGCUGCAACCACACAGGUUUUGAUUUAAACAGGGUCUUUCAAGUUUUAUUUAAACCCUUAGGAUCAAUAGAUGCAGAGCACAUUGAGUCAAAGUCAUCCAGGGCUCUUUAAUAAGCUGAGAGAACUUUAAAACAACAAUAUGGGAGGUAAAAAUAAAAUAGUUUCAGAAUUUAUUGCAAUAAUUAUAAUUAAUUUUAUAAUUUCAAAGAGUAUGGUGUAUAAAUAAACAGUUAAGAUGAUGCAAACCUGUCCAGUUGAGCUGGUUAGUAAGCCAACACGUUCACAUUUAAGCAACAGUCCAUCGGUUAAAUAAGCCAAAGCUGGAAUUUAUUAGUUGUUUUGUACAGUUGCUGUAAUCUCUUUACAGUUCGCUCAAACGCUGCCUCUUCUUCUUUAUAUAUAUUUUUUUUCACACUUUGUAUUUUUAAUUGUGCUUUGUUGCGUGGUAAACAUCCACAAGAAGCAGAUUCUUCAAUCAGAUAUUGAAAAGCCAUGGACAUUUGCUAGUCUAUUUGUACAAUGUAAAAAUUUUGAGCCAAGCGUUUUGUCUUUCUUUUGUCAUUGUUGUGUAAAUAGCAACUUUAAUAUAUAUAUUGCCAGGGUGGUGAGCACACCGUUUUCAAGAAAGUAUAUUUUUGUGGUUUACAGCUGAGUUUACAGUAAGUGGACCCUUAAAAAAGUCACUGGUCCAAAAUUUACGAUUUUGUUGAGUCAAUUCAGCAUAAAUUCAGACAUGUUUUUGGUUAAUUGUUGGUUUAUUCUUGUUUGCCCUCAAUACACUUUAAAAUGAACUCGAUAAGGUCAAACUUGUA